UAACCUUGGCAACAAGUGAGUAUUUGAGCUUCCCUUGCUGUACUUAAUAUCUUUAUGGUUUGAGCAAGGGCUUAAUUAGCCACAAGGUUUAUUGGUCCUCUUUAAUUUUAUACUUUAAAUGAUGUCAUCAACUUCUGGCAAAUGUAGAUGUACAGCCAGUACAAAUUCCUUAAAUGGCAUCAUUUACCACUCUCAACUGUAAUUGUUUUUGCUGUGCCACUGCAAUUUUGACUUAUGUGCCAUUGUCGAGCACAAGAUAAGUUUAAGUGACACAGCUAUAGUUCAUAAGAGCUGCCAGAGGUCAACUAAAAUUGGAAGCUGGUUACUUAUCCUUUGCUUUUUAGUUGUGAUUGUUGACACGUGUCAAAGCAUCUGACUUGGUACUGUGCAAAUGCUUAUUAAUAAAAAUACAGUCAAACGGGGUGUCUAAUGAAACUUGUUACUGGACUGAAGUAGUCUUCGUAGGAACGAUGCAGCAUUUCAUGUUCGAUGGAGAGUCACUGGCAUGUGUGGAAGUAACUUUGUGUGUGCUCCAUGGAAUUGCUAUUCUCAUUGUGUAUUAAAGACUGGCAGACAAAAUUAACGCUAACCUUGGAGUCUGCCGAUGAUGCAGUUGACUGUAAUGAAGCACUAUUUAAAGAAAGUAGCAUAAAUAUUAAAUCAAAUAAAUAUUCAAACUGUUGCAAAAAGGCUGGCAACUUGGUUUAAAUAUUUAGAAAUGUAAAACUGUGCACUGGUAAAAUUUUACUUACAGCAGCAGUGGUGGCAUAGUGUGCUCAUGUUAGCAACAACUGGCCGUGGAGUAAAUAAUUAAUGCUGUUCCUUAUCUGUGGUUGAAAGGUUCUUGUAUGCACCCUUGUGCAAUCAGUAAAUUAAUUAUCCUUGUAAAGAUAACAUUUCAUAUCAAAACAUUUGCGUUAACAUGCAUGUUAGAUAAUUUUCAGCUGUCACUGUAAACAUCAGCACACUACACUGCUGCUGUCAUAAGUAAAAUUUAACCUGUGCACUUCACAAAACAAAAAAUUAGGGUGCAAUGACUGUAACACAGAGUCAACUGAGGUCAGUCAAUUUGUACAAAUGCUUGGGUGUAACAGUUUGUGAGUGUAAAAAUGGAAUGAUAACACAGGCACAGCCAUUGGUCAAGCAGGUGGCAGACAUUGGUUCUGUGGUAGUAAGAUGGGACAUUGUAAAGAGUCUACAAAAGAGAUUUGUUACAAAAACACUCAUGCUCUGUGAAUAUUGCUCGCAUGUGUGCAACCUGUACUGAACAGAACUGACAAGGAGUUUUGAAUAUGCACUAAGAAGGGCAGCUUGAAUGGUCACAGAUGAUUUGGAGUUGUGAGGGAGAACCAUGAAAAUGCUUGAAUAUGAUGAUGUCCCAUACUUCAAGGAGUGUAGGGAUGAUGCGAGAGACCCGCACCGCCGACUAGGCAAGGUCCUAGCAAAGGCGGUAUGCCAUUGCCUUUCUUGAAUAUAGACACAAACUAUCUUGCAAAAGCCUAUUAAAAUCUAUGAACCACCAUUAAGUGGGAAAUAUAGGAAAAUACUACAGCUUCCUAAGGAACACUCCCGCAGGGACCACGAAGACAAAAUUACAGCAUGCACAAAGGUAUUUGAGCCAUCAGUUCUUCCAUAGCCCUAUCCACAGAUGGUAUGAAAGAAACCCUAAUACUUGAUCUAGUAGGAUGCACGCAGUGUCACAUCACAGCUGUAGAAAGUAAGUUUUAAUUUUAUGAUAAAGGCUUUUCUGUUAUUUCAGUUACUUUAUGGCUUGAACAUUUCAAGAGUGGGAUUCUGUUUGACAGAUACUAGAAAGUUGGGGGAUUAAUACUUUGAAACUUGUAGCAGUUAAUAAAGGACACUGUGACAGAGGUGUAUUUUUAUGUACUAUAAUAACUGUCAUGGGUAAGCCACAAGAAAGCAAACAUAUGUCAAAGACAUUGUUUUAAGUAACUUUAGGAUGAACUAACACUUUUUGAGUGAUCUCCCCAUUCACCAUGCUUUAAUAUUAUUCAGUCAUUGUGGCAUGUAGUGGAAGACACAGUUAAGCACCAGCCCCACCUUUCUUCAUAAUGCACUAGGGAAUGGUAUAGAAUCCAAAUGAUUGACAUUCACAAUUUAGAUACAUCACUCCUCAGCCAGAUUCAGGCUGUCGCAAAUGAAAAAUGUUCCAAGUCAGUGGCAGUCAACCUGGUCCCUACAGCCCACUAAUGGGCAGUCCAGUUUUCAGGAUGGAUUUAUGGUGCUACAAAAACAUAUCCACGUAGAGUACCAGAAGGAUUCGAUCGAUUCGCUGUAAAUGAGCAACAGAAUCCAGUCUGACCUGAGAGCAGAUAUCCUGUUAACUUGGCAGUGUAAAUGUAAUAUGCAAUUGUGAAUACCACUUUGGAAGAGGCAGUAUACAGUAGUUGGCACCCGUGUGUAUCCAAAUAAACAAUAAAUAAACAAAUAAAUACAGUUUUGCAGUAAAAGUUGUUGGUACAGUGUGCAAGCUAGUUACAAGUGAAACAUGGAAGCAAAUGGUAAUGUAUGUUUGAGGUGGAACAACCACCAGAGUACAGUACUUUCUGUCUUUGAAACCCUUUUAGACAGCGGAACACUUGUCGACUGCACUAUCGCAGCCGAAGGUCGUUGCUUGAAAGCUCACCGAGUGAUCCUCUCAUCGUGUAGCCCUUUCUUUGCACUGUUGUUCAGCCAGCACUAUGAGAAACACCCGAUAGUUGUACUGAAAGACAUCAGAUUUCAGGAACUGAGAGCUGUGGUGGAUUACAUGUACCGUGGUGAGGUCAGCAUUUCCCAGGAUCAGCUGGGAGGUCUCCUGCAGGCGGCAAAGUUGCUGCAAAUAAAAGGCUUGUCAGACAGUUGUGAGGGUAGAGGAGAUGGGAAGGUGGAAGUGGACAAAACUAAGGAAAUGUGCUCUUCGGUCCUACAGAGUGGUGCAGCAGUUGAGCAAUCUGCAGAACCUGCAACAGUCACUCAGUUCCCACCAGACACAGACGUAGUUGAUCUAUCAGAUGACAGUUUACCAUCUCCUGACGCACAGGAAACUCUCAGUACAAAAGAACAAAAUACGUCACCAAUCAAUUGUGCUCUCAGGGCUUCACACAGUUUAUCUGCUCGCCAUGAGAACAAAAUUGGGAAUAGUUCUUCUGCAACUGAAAAUCACCUAAGCACUCUACACGGCACAUCCAAUGAACCACAGGUUAGUUCAACGAUUUCAGCACAUGCUUUAACACCGUUGACUUCUGCAGCAUUUCCAAAGUCCGUGCUGGAAAAUAACUUGCCAGAUGUUCCAGAGAACAAGACUGAUAGAAUAAAAUGUGAAAAUACUCUACUGCCAAAAGCAGCUUCAGAGCAGACAGCAGUCACAUUAAAAGGUCCUCUCCAGAAACCAGGAACACUUACAGAAACACCAGUUAAAAGUGAAAGUGAGUUAAUGGACACUGACGACAACUUUGCUGAUGAUGUUUCGCGUAAUUUUACAUUUAAUGAUGUGGACUGUGCAGUGCACCGAGAACAGCAGUCACCUAGUGACAGGGCGAACUUUCUCAGUGAGGGAAUGAGUAUUGAAAGUGUGGUCGACUGGACGUGUGACAUUUAUUCGGGCCUCCCCCAGUCAAAAAGACCUUGUUUCUCUAGGUGCAGAGUUUGUGGCAAGGUGUACAAGUACAACAGGAAUUUAACAAAACAUUUAAAAUAUGAAUGUGGGAAAGAACCACAGUUUCGUUGUCCAUACUGUCCAGCAAGGUAUACUCAGAAUGGAACACUGAGGAAGCACCUUGAAAAACAUCAUCAAAGUAGUGAGAGUGUCAAGUAAUGUAACAGAUUAAACUUGAAAACUUUUAAUUAAAAAAAAAAAAAAAAAAUGGUGGAUACAUUUCCCCUGCUACCAGUACAACUGUGCUUCCAAAAGUCUCACAGUGUGUAAGUGAACAAGUAGUUUGAUAAUACUGUCUCAAACAUCAAUGUUGCUCCCCAAUUACCUUUAAUGUCUGCAUGCAGAAAACAGUGUUAAAGUUAGAAGUUUAUUAGAAUAGAGACCAGGAGGAAAUCAUAUACUGUUGUCAGAAGUUACCGUUUGUUUUCAAGCAAAGAGAAUACACAUAUUAUCAUACUAAUGAUAUAGUGGUGAUGCAAGAUGACUGGAAACAAAUGUGCAGGGCAUAUCUGCAGAAUGAUUAAAGUGUUUUCGAUGAA